AUGGCAAUGAACAUGCAUGUCGCGCUUCCUCUAUACAUGUACCCGUCCGCAGGGACAUGGCAACCGCUCUACGACGCAUUGAACAAGAAUCCUCAAGUCACCUUUGACGUUAUCAUCAAUCCUAACAAUGGGCCUGGAGGAUCAACUCCGAACUCCGACUACAUCGCCAACAUUUCUAUGAUAAACUCGUACAACAACACCAACAUGUUUGGAUAUGUGCACACUAGCUACGGCAACCGCUCUCUCACAGACAUCUCAUCAGACAUUGAUACCUACCAAUCCUGGUCUACAUACACCAACUUCAACAUCACGCUAGGUGGCAUCUUCGUGGACGAAUCACCUACUUCUCUGGACUACCACAACUACAUGCAGACCAUCUACAGCAAAGUCAAAUCCACAAUGAGCCAUGGCAACCUAGUCUGGACAAACCCAGGCGUCCCUGUUGACUCCUCUUUCUACAAGAUUGCCGACAUGAUCAAUGCUUACGAGAACACCUACGACCAUUGGAUGAACCAAGGAGGCAACUCCAGCAUCCCACAAUCUGUGAGGAAUCAGAGUACGGUCAUGUUGCAUAGCUAUCCUUCCAGCACUCACACCAUGGCCUCUGACGUCGAUGAGCUUGUGGAUGCUGGUUACUAUGCAGGCUUGUUGAUUGUCAACAGUCAGUAUUCGAGUUUUGAUUCGAUGUGGCCGACCUUCACGUCCGAGGUUGGGCAGUCGAAUGCAAAUGUCAAAUGUUGA